GACAUCAUGGGUGAUACAGUUGAAUGUAAAUAUUCUUUUACACAUAAAUACAUAUAUACACGCACACAUAAAUCAUAGCUAAUGUCACAAGGUGCAUACUCAGUCCAUUUUUCCCAGUGUUUCAAACAUUUCUCCGACUGAAGUCUUAAAACAAAAGUAAGUCUCUCCAUACAGUGAAUUUCUUGGACAGUCCCGUGCCACUGGUUUAAUGUUGGGGAAUCUGGUUGCAACCACCUUCUUGUUAUGGCUUUCCUACCACUUGCCAAAAGAAUCUUCAACAGGUACCUGUCCUUACGUAGGACUGUUUCCGGGAUUUUACCGAGACAUAAAACAACAAAAGAAAAGCCUAAAUCCACCCUCAAUAUUUUAUUUAUCUAGGUUGACACCUCCCUCCAAAAUGAUUUUUGGACAGGCCCAAAAAAUAUGAAAGUGAUUAGCCGUAGGGGUUGGUACAGUAUUUCUAUUUAAAAGGGUCGUUUUGGUUCAGAAAUAAUGUCAACAUGUUUGAAAAUCAUCCUUUUUUAAGUAAAAGGGUCUUGGGGUACAUAUCAUGAGAGGGUUUAUCGGAGUCUGACUGGUAGAUUAACCCCCCGGUCAACACGGUCAAUAAAAGAAAACACACGACCUGAUGAAAGACGAGCAGGAUCCAGGUGUCAAAGAAAGAAAACUUUGGCCAAUGGUGCAAGAAAACAGUCUCAGAGGAUAAGAUAUGCACACGGCCAAAAGUAGCCUCCUUUUUAAUUAAUACAUUUUAUCAGCCAUCUCUAAAACAGGAGGAUGAGGCCAAAUAUCAGAUCGUAUCAGAUAAUACUUGAUCUUCUCUCAUUAUAUACAAUCUAAUUUCCCUUGUGAUACCCUUUUAUGAGAAUAAGUAGGGUGUAUCUUGAACAGAACAGACGUUUUUAAAUACUAGAGUAGAUAAUUAAUUUAACAUCCUUACUUUAUUCAUUGCUUUUUUGUUUUUGUAGAAGCCACCGCUCAGAUGGAUUCAGGAAACCAAACUUGAAGUGGAUUCAGUCUUCAGUGUGAAAUGAAGCUAAGGGGUCUCUGGUUCCAACAGUAGCAAGUGUGGAGAUGGACUCUGCAGGUAUGUUAACACUGUGAGUGUUUGAUUAUGUUCUCAGCACAGAUGUGUCUCCAUGUUUGAGACUUUACAGAAAAGCUAACGUUGUUUGUUGUUGCUGUUGUCGUCUAAAACGUGUUGCUCCUGUUUUGUGCUGUGAGCUUCUGUCUUUAUGCAGGAAUUGAUUGGCUCCAUCAAAAUGAGGUUUCCAUCUAUGCAGACUGGAACGGAUUCAGAUUUUUUUUUCUCAGAACACAAAACAGGACAAAUGAAUCCCAGAGGCGAUCGAUUAUCGCCGGACUUAAAAACAGCUCGAUAGAGGGUGGGGUCUGUUUUGGCCUAAAAUCAGUGGUCAGCUCUGUCAAAUCCACGCUGUAAAUGUUCAUCAUGUUCAACAUCUUUUAUUCUCCUCUGCUGUUGUGUGAAUAGAUAUUUUUGGCUUUACUACAGGAGUGAAAAAUCACACGUUUUAUGAUAAUAUGACGUUAUUUCAAUGAUUUCUGACAGUGUUGUGUUACCUGGUGAUACAAAGUCUGCAUUUAAAGGGUUUUAUUGAGUGUCUAAGUAGCCUGGGGUUGAUGUAAAGAGACAGUUUUUUUUAAGUGGGGUUGUAUGAGGUCCUUGUCAAUAGUAUUAGCCACAGGGGAUGCCAAUCAGCUCUGCCCCUUUAUUGAAAAACCGACCAGAGAACCAGGACAGAAGCUACAGCCUGUCAAACGCUGCAGACACUCUCAGGGACAUUUGUCAGCAGCUUUCUAUUACGACCAGAAAACCUCUUUGUUUUUAAUCGCACCUGUAGCUCACUGGUCAGCUUUGCAGGUUUAUGAUUGUGAUAUUUUUGCAUCUCAGUUUGGCUUACUUCCAAAAACUCACUCGUAACUCCUGGUUUUCUGAUUUAACUCCUUAAAUUGAAGAAAGUUCAUAGAUAAACUGUAGAGAAGGAAACUAGUUAUGUAGACUGCAGCAAUUUGUGAUCCGCUGGUAUCUUCUGAUUCAGAAAGAUCCUGAGAUACCACAUCCCACUAGUGACAGUCAGCGCCUUACCCCCAUAUUCCACUGCAUCCGGAACGGCUACGUAAAGGCUGUAUCCGCCGAUCGUAGCUAAGCGUAACCAUUCAAGUUAACGUGUCAAUUUCCACCGGCUUCUUUCCGUUCCGCUGCAGAUCACAGGACUCCGCAGCUGAUCGCAAGAGUUCUAUUUUUCCCAGACACCGGAGCAUGGUGGACAAAUUCAGCGCAGAUUAACCCGUGCUGGAGGGCACAGACACAAAAUAAAACAUCUGGCUUCUUUUCAAUAUAAAACACUCCGUGUUUCAGGCGGAUCGAACAAGUGAAAGGUUUAUAGACAGCUUUUCACCCCGAUGACACCAUGGAUGAGGAGAUGCUGAUUCUAAAAGUCUAGAAGUAGAUUUCCUCCUCUGGAAGGACACAAUCUACUGCUUAUACAGUUAGCCUAUGUGGAUGUCUUUAUAGAGACAACUCAUUAUCGCGCGAUUGCACGUGAUUCCGUGGGUUCUUGUAAGUUCCUGCGAUUCCCGCGGUCCGUAAUCCGCCACAAAAUUCGCCUCACAAACGGUAGGAAUUGUCGGACGGCUAAAAUCGCUGCCGUUCCAGAUGCAGUGGAAAUUCAGGGUUAGUCUGACUAAAAUCAGACUAAUAUCAUUUUUUAUGAUGCAUGAAGUUUGAAGAUUACAAUUUUUGAGGUAGAGGAGGCACAGCUGACUUGACUGACAGUAAAGCACACUGUAGCUGUUUGUGAGGGGACUGCAGGCCUGACUCAACUCCCCCGUCUUUGCCUCUUGGAAGUUUGACUGAAAGUUCAAUCGCGUCAGCAUUUCUAACAUGGCGAGCGCUCCCAAUGGCCUCGAAACUCUGCUGCGACCUUGUGGGUAGACUUGACUCUGUCCAUUCAUGUUCACCUGCAGGUUUCUCAAUGAAGGAGCCGAGCUGACCAGCAAAUGCACAACCCCACGACUAUCCCUUUUAGAUGAUAACACAAAUACAUUUAUUAAUAAUUUGUAAUAUAUUUGGGCUUUUUGUUUAAAUAUGGAUCAUUGGUUUCUCUUUGUAUCGAUGUAAUUGAAUCAUCAACCUUUAAAACAGCCUCAUAUUUCACUGCAAUAUGUUUACAGCUAAACUAGAGAUCUGCUUUUCUAAUAAAACCGACAGAACAGAUACAGGACUGGAGUUUAUUACACUCUGCAUGGUAGAAAAUUUGCAGACUUUUGGCUAUUUGCGUCUCUUUCAGCUGAUCCAGCCGUGAACCCAACUGUUCUCAGCAUGAAAUCCAAUUUGCUCCAAAUUUCACACAUGGACAUCUCUGUGGUUCUUUCCACGCUGCUUUUAGUUUUCCCCCUCAAGUUCAAAACGAGAAGAAAACCUUUGUUUCCUCAUCCCAAUAAAUCACAAGUUCAUAACUAUUUAUGCAGUCUGUGAUCAAUAAGUCAAAUUUGCAGCAGCGGCUAUGAAAUAUAAUUGCCGAGGUCUUUGAGCAUAUCUGGAGAAAAGAGACUGCAGCAGUGAACAUGUUUUCCCAGCAUGCCUUUCAAAACUGUUUUGGUGAAUUUUAACAGCAGGCGGCAAACAUGUCAGAGAUUUCACACACUGUGACCUGCUUUCAUGCCACUACUUCAUCUACCAGAGGAGAGCAGAAACACUCCUGCGUGUUAGAUUUAAAGAACAAAACGCACCUAUGACGAGAUGAUCAUUUAAAUCAUCGUUUCGACAGCGUCAGUGUAAUUAUCUCUGUGCUGAUUCGACAACAGAGCGAGGACAAGUAGAGAUGGAGAGGGUGAUGAGAGAGAAGAAAGGGGAAAGGUGUAGGUGUGGAGGAAAAGAAAGCAGAGCGAGGAUGGGAGGAUGAUGAGCGUGGGAGUCCUGUGGCAGGUGUUUGAAGACGCUGAACGCAGAUGAUGAGACCAAGCUGUCACAUUUCCUAACAAGGUUCUCUCCUUUUCCUUUUCCCUUCCCCUGUCUCAAUGAGUGUGUCCACGCGCCUCCCCACCCUUCCCUCCUCUCUCCCUCCCUCCCCCCCUCCCUGCCUCCGCCUGCGGUGUGCAGCGAGAGUGACGCCUCAGCACUGCGGUGUAAUCUCUGGCCCUCGAGCUGCCUCGUCACAGCCAGCCGAUUGGACGUGGCGCUCAGAGCAGGAGGAGGAAUCGACCAUCCCCCGGCAGAUUUCCCCUGCUAAACAAAGCCCCCCACCCCCCAUCCUCCCUCUCUCCACCUGCCUGUGGAGCUCAGUGGACUCCUCACUAACUACCAGUGAAUACCUGGGGGGCAGUUUGCCAGGUGUUGCCCUGACUGUGUAUCACUGACCAAAAGGAGCUUGUAGUUAAUAAAAACGGAGCAAAAUUAUGAAAGACGAAUAAAAUCUAGUCUAAAACAAAAAUCUGUUUAACUUUGGGAACAAAGAAAAUAUCAAAACAUCUGAAACUAAAAGCUUAAAAAAAUCUUAUAAUGGACAGAUUACCCUUUAUUUUCCUUCUUAUUGAGUCAGCGAACACACAGGGAGCUAGGACUGCUAGCUUAUUUCCUGUAUUGAUCAGUCUGCCAAUUGUUACUUUUGAUAAAUCGUUUGUCCGAUAAAACACCCAAACCCGAGGCCAUGUGAUCAGAUUGGCUCAUUUAUUUGAGCAACAUUAGUAAAUGUUUAGAAUAAUGGUGCUUUAAAUUAACGACACUGUUGUCUGGUUGCUUUAAACUGGUCAUUAAUGGUAAUUACGUCUUCAUGACUGUCUUUUACAGCGACAAGGCCAAAGAGUUUCAAGAAAGGAACCACACCUGAAAACCUAUAAAAACAAACAGGAGCUCCAGGGCUGAGAUCAGCAGUUCCUGUGUGGUGACUUUAGAGCAAAGCAGGAUGGGAAACACCUCUGACAAGACAAGAAAAAGGUGAGGGGUGCUGCUUUUGCCACAGGGGGCGCCAAAUCCAACGCAAACUUUAAGUCACUGAUGGGCGCUACAAGUACAAAACUAUCUAAAUAUUAAACAUGGCAGAACUAACGCUAAUAAAGUUCUUUAUGAUGGCUUAAAACAGAGCUAAUAUGGUAAACAAGUAUUUUAUUGAUUACGUGAUUACAUAGCGUGAUUUAAUAUAAGGCUAAAAUAAUGAGUGAAAGUACAUUUUCUUUAUUGAUCGUCUCAUUGAUUUCGUAAAAGCUCAGAACUGUUAAAACCUGCAGUUUCAUGAACGCCCACUUGAGGCUCCACUUAGGCUGGCUGCAGAAGCACCACAAACCACAGACAGACAAAACCAUUUAUGGAGCAAAAAUAAACACUUUUAAAAAACAGCUAUAGUAUGACGAGCUUGGCUUAUGGCACCCAGGGCCAGAGUUGUUAUGGUUACAAGAUUGGCGAAUCAGAAGCAAGGCUGACUUGACUGAAAGGCGGGUACACUGAUACCAUUUUCAAGGAGGCUAAACGUCCAUCUCUGGUUAGGUUGAGGCAGCAUUUCCAACAUGGCGACCUGUUACGACCCAGCUCGUGAGGGAAACAAACGCAACAUAAAACCUCAGAAAUUGUUAUUUAUUUCAGUCAUUAAACAGUCUACAAGUUUGAACCAAUGAUCGGCUAGUUUAUUGUUUAAUCUGUCAAUUUGCGUAGACUAUAAAAGAAAAGAAAAUCAUCUAAACCCACUGAGCAUUUUUUGGUCUAAAAGAGGUCUAAUCAACGUCUACAUGUAGCCUAGACGACUGGUCUAAAAUCAGACUACCACAGGUCUAAAAAUUAAAGUUUUUAGACGUCUAAAUUUAGACCAAGUUUAGACCAGCCGGCUAACAGAGGUCUGACUGUAUAUUGUUCAACAGCUAUCAUAGUUAUUUUGGUUAAGUACUUGGAGAUCAGUUAUGCAACUCACAUUUGCUUUUUGAAAUAAAUAAUUAUCGAAUAAUGGGUUAAAGUGCAACUUCUAAAAAUAUACAGAAUCUAGAUGGUUAAAACUAGGUCUAAUAAAAGGAGACGUCUAAUAGUUGUCUAUUACUCAAUGGGAAAGAUUAUGAAAUCAUUUUGUCCAGUUCUUUCUAAAACCAGACUUAUCCAUCCAGAAACGUCCGACAUUUUUAUAUUAGAAACAAAGACAUGGUGAGCAAGAGUAGCUCAGCGGUUAAAUGUGCUGUUAUUUCGCGAUACUUUGUAUUUAAUAAGUGGCCGCCUAAAAUAUAGGCGUUGAGAUGUUGUUGUGUGCAAAAUAAUGUAUAUAGACUGAUGUUUUUCAUGGUAGAAAGUUGGCAAAUGAAGGAGCAUCAUAGGACCUACCUGUUCUCCACGGCAACAUGUCAUGUUGCAACAGGAGGGGGUGAGCAAGGGAGUCCUUUAAUGAGGAAUCUGACCACUAUCUCUCAAAAUGGACUCAAAAACUCUCGCUCAAUAGAUAAACAAAAACCUUUAUUUUGGUAACGAUCCAACAAAGAUCAUAAAAUAGACGCCAAUCAGUUUUUGCCUCAAUCUGACAAAUUCAGCUUACAAGAUGUGAGAUUUUAGUUCAUUUCCUCUUUCCUUCCUUCGAUAAUACAACAUAAAGCUCUCUGUUUGGAAAUCAUCUGUUACUGUUCAACAUGACCGAAUGAAUGAGAAUAUGUCACCUGUUGACUUGGACCUAAUCUCAGUGAUACACGCCUGAUAAUGAAGUGUGAAACAUGCUGGGGGACACUUGGAGCCAAUCAGAUCAGGUUGUAGUUCAAAAAUUCAGAGGGCAUUUCUAUUUUUAAAAACCAAAACCAACGGAGAAUGAGGGAAAUGUUCAUGUUUGGAGGCCAUAACGUCAAACAAGGACUUAAGUUGUAAUCCUCAAAAAAAUUGUUAUUAUUUGAGAAACACAUUUAGCCCCACGGUGUCAAAACAAACACCAGUGGGCUUUUAAUUUUCCAGGAACAGACUGUGAAUUUACACGAGAGCUCAUUAUUAAUGAACUGGACCUCUUUGUUUUUUUUUAACCAGCCAGCCAGCAGCGGCCUGUGUGCCGAAUCUGCUCAGGUUUUGAUAAGCCACCUGGGAGUUCAUGUGGAGCGAAAACCUCACCCUCUGUGUGACACAAAUAACAGCUAUGUGUGUGUGUGUGUGUGUGUGUGUGUGUGUGUGACAGAGUGUGUGUGUGUGAGGUGGGGGGAGAGAGAGAGAGGAGGCUGCUAUUGUGUGAGAAUGUGAAUUAGGUCAAAUGUUUGCUUGCAACAACGAUUAACCAUGCCCCUGUGAGGAAGAAAGCUGAAGCCAGUGUGGAAGAGGAGGCUCUGUCUUUAUCCGAGCCACGCCGCCUCUGAUACAAACACCGCCUGACAUUAUUCACAGCAAAUUAGUGCAUAAUUAUAAUUUCUUGUGACCACAUUAUUCAUAUUCUCUCUAGCAGAGGGGGGGACCUCGAAACAUGCUGAAAAACAACAAGAAGGAGAGCUGAAAGUUGGAGGGGGAAUCAUGGCUUUAAACGUGUUUUCAGAAAUCCUCCAUGUGGUGCUGUGUGUCAGGGGAGGUUGUGUGGAUGUGUAGCUCAUGAUGGCACCCACUCAGGAGGCAUCAAUCACAGCUGGGUGACGGUUUCUCUGGGCGCUGCUGACACCUCAAACUGCGGGGAUGCUCAUGACAACAGGUUACAGAUGAAGCCGGCUGAGACAGGGUGUGAACUCUGGUUUAGAAAAUAAAAUAUCCAUAAAGGUGGGGGGAGAGAAAAUGAGGGAUUUCAGCCUGAUGCAUCCUUUUUUUUUCAUCAGGGUUUUGUUUCAUUCCGCCUGUAGCAACUCUAUUUUCUCCUUUAACCCCUCUCUUUUUCCUUUCUCUAAUCAUCAAAGCGUUUCCGAUUCAUUUCCAGAUCAAAGUGAGCCUGGUGGAGGAUGUUGUGUCCCUGAGGUCAGCUGGCAACUUACACGACAAAGCCAGAUCCCCACACCCCCCUAUUUAUGAGUAAGGGAUGGAGGAGGGGAGGGUGGAGGGGCUGCAAAUGUUAACGGAAGGUCUAACGUUAAUUAUCUUCAUGCUCCACAGUCAGCAGGGAUGUUGCACAUGCAGGAAAACAAUGAUUGGAGCUUUCCUGCGCCUUCCUCUCUGCAAAUCACUCAGACUUUCUCUGAUGAAUGCCUUCAUAUGGGGGGCUUAAAUCGUUAAAAAAAAAGGCAAUGCAGUAAGAGCUAAAGGUGGGUGCACACGUGUCUGUGUUAGAUGUAUGACCAGAGAGGAUAAGCACAAAGAAAAAGACGCACAGCAGACAUGUCUCCUCUUUGGAUGGAGGGUUUUGCGUGCUAAACGCGCGUACAGCUUAUCGACCUGAAUCUAUAGGCACAUAUGAAUGAUCCCCCCUCCAUCCUCCCCUCUUCCUUCCCCCCCUCCUCCCUCCAGCCUGUCACAUAGCCACGGGCACAGAGCAUUGCGCUAUAGCAUCCCCCUGUACUCACUCAGAUCAGGGAUUUGGGGAGGCGCAGCGUCAACCCUGGUCGCUUCCUUCUGCUUCCACUCGGACCAGGCGCAGCAUAAUCAAUCAAAAGCGAUAAGUUGGCGUCCGCGGGCUCCACAAAACACGAAUGCAGCAUAUUUCGCGUGUGACAUCCCUUCGAGCAGCCCGUUGACCCUCUCAUGCGCCCCUGUCCUCCGCUCCUCUGCUCCCCCAGCCAGAAGGGAGGCUGGGAAAGUGCCUGUCCGCCUCUGGUGCCGCUGCCGUAUCUCCAGUUUGAUCUCCAAGAGCCAGUUUUUCCUCCACCACAGUCCCUCAAGCCCCCUCCAUCUGUACUCGCAUCCCCUCGGCUCCGCUACUGUGCUUCCAUGUGACACAGGCAGAGCUGGAGACCCCCCAAUUUUUGCGCUCCGUCUUUUGAUUCUAGCGUCAUCGCUCGGUGGGACGAGGAAGUGCGGGUGAUAAAUGGGCUGAAUCCGGUCUGAGAGGAUCUCUAAUACCUCACUGAAGGUGCAUGAGGAUGUGAUUAAUCUAAGCGAUAGAUUUGAAGACGAUUCAGGGUCUUCGUAUCCAAAUCUGGACCCUCAAAUUCAUUCCAACUGCACCAUUUAACCCUUAAAAUAAUAAUCUGGCUAUGGAUAGUUGAGAUGUUUGGUGUUUGCUCUAUUUUCUGCAACACGUGGCUCAAGCAUUGACCAUUUUGUAAUCCUCGAACACUAACUUUAACUGAACAAAGAUAUCAAGAGUCAAACACAUCAACAAAACCACAACCAGUCCAACUGAGUCUGUUUUUGUGGUGAAAUCUUCUUAAUAUUGACCCAAAUAUGACCCUCACCCAGUGUGACCCCUGCAUGUUUACAUUUCUGCUUUUACAAAUGUGGAUUCAGACAUAUUAAUACUAGCUUUAGUUAUUUGAAAUGGUCAAUAGUGUAAAAUCACAAAACUGGGCCAGUUGUUGCUCACUGGAGCUGCUUUUAACCUUGCCACUCACACACCUGUACACACAUCUCUCUACCCCCACCUACCGGCCGCUUCUGAGCAUCGCAGAGACGGAACCGCCUAUCAGAGAGCAGACGACGGUGUUGCUGUAUGAGGGUCGAUUUGUGCCACACUGAGGGAGAAACAAUAAUAUUGUAUGAGAUUAGUCUUUUAAGAGGUUAAAAGGCAUUGUGGAUGAAUGGAUGUCAGAAUCAGACUUUUGAGUUACAGACUGGUAAUUCAGGCUCUUGUGUUUUGAUGUGCAUAUUUGCAGAGUUGUCCGACUCUAGAAACAGAUACUGCUGCGUUUCUCUCAUGUUUAAGAAGAGUGAAUGCUUGUUUCUUAUCACCAUCCUUUGAUCAACAGCGUACACCCCUUGAUUCAACCAUAUCCUUUUUCUCCGAGCAUCAUCACAUCAUUAAAGUUCCAUCACUCAAAUAAAAAGGCUAAAAAUUAUAUUGGCGCUUUUUUACAAUAUACAAAAACAAUCAAGACCAUUAGAGACAAGAUUGAGAAAUUGUAUACUGUAGUAUUUAAUGCCUCAAACUGCUGGGAUGGUGAAUGUAUCAGCCAAACAGCCUAAGAAAUAGCUCUGUUUUUACAAUCUCACAAAAAGUUUGCAUGAUGAGAUUUUUGCUCAAAUUUUACCUUGUCGUGCGCAUAGAGAAAAGAUUACUUUGUCUACUUGGGCAGCCAAAAUUGACAAAUGGUGAAAGUUCCUGAAAGUGUUUUAUUUGGGGGCAGGUUUGUACCAGUGAUUACAGAGACUGUAGUUAUUCAAUGGUUGCUCCAGGUUCAAUUCCAUCUCCUCUCCCUGAUUAAAGGCAAAAAGCUUAAAAAUAAGUUUAUGAUAGAGUUACCUAGUUUUAUAAUAAAAUGAAACAUGUUUACAGCCUGGUUUAAAGGUAAAUUUGACUUAUUUAACUUGGUGGAUGUGUUUCAGCUGUUUGCCGUGUGGCAAGGCUGUGACCUUAACUCCACCUCUUUGUUUGAGUAAGUUAGUUGUCUUCUACAGCGACUUAAGUCUUCAGAGUUUGUGACCCAGGUUUAUUUCAAACUGAUGUCCCUUCCCCCCCAGCCAUAAUUGUAUCAAAGUCUAAAAAUACCAUCUUUACACUCCCCAAACUGUAUAUUGUACAAAGCUAACAGCUGUGAAUUGUAGAAGUGGUUGUUUUGACUGACUAGUGGAUAAUGUGAGCUGUCUGUCAUGUAUCUAUUGAGCAAAUCAACUCAUUUUAAGUUAGUAAAACGUUGACAUUUUUGAUGCCUCUAGCUGAAACCCUGAUGUGUCUGUGAGGUCUCACCACAGACCGUAUAUAGAAUGGGCGCCCUCUGCCUCCUCGCUGGGAAAAGCCACUCCGAGAACAGCAUCCUCUGGUGACGGGCUGCAGUAUAGGUCAUAAAUCCUGCCUCCUUAUGGGGAUGUGGACAAACUUUAGAAAUUUAUUACACAGAACCUACAUUUCCCCCCCCCUGCUUGCGCUGUUGACAUGUGGUAUUGUAAGACUAUUUUGUGCUCAAGUCCUCAAAAGUUAUUAGGGGGUUCAUGUUUUCUAUCAUUGACACCUGAUACAGCCUAUGGGCCUUCAAAGAUUGUGUAGCUCACCCAGGGGCCGAGCAUCAUCAUAGCGACUCUUGGUGACUCCUGCCGAAUGUGCACAAUGCUACUGCGCAAUGUUGGUUUCAGGAAACGGAGAGAAAACGUGGAAUUACUGAGAGCUUUUUGGCUUCAAAUCCAUAUACUGGCGGAAGGCGGAAUAAAGCUGUUCAUGGUAUAUAAAGUCUAUGGGUCUACUCUACAAGGGUCUGUACAGUUCCUUAACAUCAGACUGCAGCUUUUUUUUCAGGGUGAUUUUAUUUUAUUUUAUUCAUUUUGCAUGUAUAUGGUGGACUAAAUGUUUGCUACUAAUGUUAUGAAUAAGAAGGCACUACUGAAGCAUUUCUCCAUCUUUUUAUGUAAGAAACAACCAAGUGUUUGCUUGUGUUUUAAUUAAUUAGUUAAUAGUUUUUAGUUUAUAUUUGGAAUAAAGUAGGUAGCAGUGAGAGUCAGCUCUUUACCUGGCUGAUAACCCAGUACAGUGGUAUAAAGUGACUAAUCUAAUGUAGCUCCUGAAGUUUCACAGAGUAUCACACCCUUCAUAAAACUCCCUAAAAAGAUCCCCAGGCUGACGCUGUCUCUUGGGAUUUCCCCUCUUCAGCUCUACGUGGCAUUAAUCGCCCCUCAUACCGCCUCCCUUCCCCCUUCUCCGUAGUUUCUCCACAGCAGGGACAGCCUGCGUGUUUUCCUCAUGAGGUGAAGUGCACAGUCCGUCUACUAUCACGUCUGGCGAUGGACCCAAAGCUCCGCAGGCUUUCCCCUUGUCUUUGAGCAGAUUUUUGAGACUGAACCUCUUCCACCGUCAACUUCAUCCUCCUCCUCUUCAUCAUCAUCAGGUUCAACAGAGAGGAGAAGAUGGGCUGCUGCUCGGCACGGUGCAUGCUGAUCCUGCUGUGCUGUGUGCAGUUGGUAAGAUGUUUUUCUCUCUCACUCAUUCACUCAUGAUGCUUUGAUUUCAACCUCUGCUGACACUUAAAGCAACUUUAAACAUUAAAAACACUUUAAGUUAUUCUUAAAACUCAACCACACACCAGCAAAGACUUGUUUGUUUGAAAGAAAGUUUGUAUUUUUAGUGCUUGUUUGCAUCAAUGUAUUGUUUUAAUCCAAACAAUUCAAAAUGUUAUAUAUUGAUCAAGUUUCUGUUUAAAUAUCAAUCAAAACCACAUUAAAAAAUAGGAAAACUAUUAAGGUUCUUAACCAUUUAACUUUAAAAAGUUAAUGUUUACAAUUAAAAUUAUUUCUUUUGUUAAUCCUUAAAUUAAAAAGCCUCAUUCAUUUGAUUUCAAUUCCUCAUUGUUGAAUAUUCAGAGGAUUUCUUAUCUUUCGUUGUAGUUAACUGAAUCUGUUUUGGUUUGGCGUUGCUAAAAAUUAAUAAUUGAUUAAAAAUCUUGGGGUGUAAAGCAGUAGGAAAAAUAUUUGCAGCCUUUUAAAAAGUUAAAAUACUGUAUUGUGUUUAAAGUAAUUUCAUUGUAGUUGGAGGUGCUUAUAAAAUGCAGUGACCGCCCACAACCACAAUGACGGCCUGCAGCCACUUUGUCCUCCUCUGUUUCCCACCCUGCCCCCCUCCAUCACAGAUCAGGGCUUUGACCUCAGAGGACACAACAUUAUGAGCCCAGGUCUGUCUUUACCCUGCAUGCUGUGUCCCCCAUGGCAGUGUUGUCUUGACAACCCCGUAAUAAUGCAAUAUACAACCUUGGAGAAGGCAGAAAGAAGAAAUAGUCAUCUAUCAUACCUCAACAACACAUCAGUGUAGGUCUUUAAUAAUUCACCACCUCUGCUCAGGUCUCUAACCCCGUUUCCUCCUGGUUUGACCUUCAGAUCACAGCUCUGGAGAGGCAGGUGUUUGACUUCCUCGGCUACCAGUGGGCUCCCAUCAUGAUCAACUUCUUCCACGUCAUCAUGGUCAUCCUUGGCCUGUUUGGCGUCAUCCAGUACAGAGCACGCUACGUUGUCAUGGUGAGAGCGCUGUCGAAAAAUGAGUUUUAGUUCAGCAGCUUUCUAUGGCUUGGGGAAUCACUUAUUUGCUUUCUUGGAAGGGAAGAGAUGGGCUUAGAAAUCUGCAAAGCUUUGUAUGAUGUAUUUUUUAAAAAUGUGAUUUAUUUUUGGGAUUUUGAACAUAAUACAUGAAUAUAACAACUGCAAUAGAAACACCGUACAUGAAGAGGGGUUUAUACAAAAAUUCAUCUUUGGAACCUGGUACUGAAAAAAAAGGCAGUUUACCUCCCUCCCUCUUCCCAUCUUAACAGAAAGUAAUAAUGGGAUAGGGUACAAUAGGUUCAAGCAGUAAAGACAGUGGUUGUCCAAAAUUAACUCUGCAUACCUACAUAUGGCCCAUAUAGAGACCAACAUAUGUGCCAUCCAUACCUACACACUUACAAACAUUCAAACAAAAUAAUAAUCAAACAAUACUACAGAUAUUUGGUGUAUUUUUGACCCUUUUCUGAAAUGCAAAUCAACUAAUGUGAUUGUCUUAAACUUUAUUAAAAUGUUGAGUGUGACAUUAAAGAAGGGCAUGCCAGCAGUGAUGAUGAGAUUAACACCAAAACAUCAAUUUCUCUUGAGAAAACAGCUGCUGUGACACGCAGAGUAAACUGGGUUACUAUUGAUUGGUUAUUUGAGAUGCGUGCGUGUGUGUGUGUUUGUGUGUGUGUGUGCAUGAAGGCAUGUGUGCUGCAAUGAUAAUAUGAGAGUAUUACCAACAGCUAUCACAACUCUGAUUACAGCGAUACUGAAACUGGGCUGCAGAGCGGGGUGUUUUAUCAGGAAGCAGAAAAGCAACGUUUCGAUAAAGUCUGAAAAGUCUCCCACUCUGCUGUUAUUUCAUUAUUCAUCUCUGAAUCAUCUUCAGAUUUAUCUCAGGAACAUUCAGGAAGAGGACGUUUGUUCCUCGGCAACACUCUGACUGUGUUAUAAAGCUGAAUUUGUUUACCCUCUGAGGUUGUGCUUUUGUGUCCGCAGUACCUGCUGUGGAUGAUGUUGUGGGUCGGCUGGAAUGUCUUUGUGAGCUGUCUCUACCUGGAUUUAGGAGGGCUUUCAAAGGUGAGUCUAAUGGUCACGUUUAGUGUCGGAUAAUUAAAGGCCCACAGAGCUUUAGCUCCUUAAGACAGACUGCAGAUCCCUGAGACCUCUGCUCCUCUACAGUUUGUUCUGUGACUCUGAAGUCACGGGUGGGGUGAGACACACAGUAAAAUAUCUUGGCUGAGAGUUAAAUCAGAGCACAGGGCGCUCGCUCAUCAGCCAGGCCGACUGCUGCCCCAGAUACAAAUGUUUGUUGUCACACAUUGACAGAUGUGUGUUUAACUUCAGCUGCAGUGAAAAUAUCGAUCUAAUUUUGGACUUGAUUGAUGUUGACAAAGUUAAAGCUCCUGUGAGGAUUUUUUAAUCAGAAAUGAAACAGACUGAGGCCAACACUGACAUCUCCACAUUACAGAGAAAAACAAGCCCAUUAGCAUCAAGAGUGAUUAUUUGUAUAAAGUAAUUUUAGAGACCUCUUUUACGAUCCUUAAGAAAUUUGUAGCCAGGAACUGAAAAGACAUAAUUUUAUCUCAUCUAAAAUCACCAUCAGACUAUAAUUUCAUUCUGCCAGUGAAUUGCUUGAUGCUCCCAUCCAUAGACAGUAAAUACAAUAGAUGCCGUCUGCCUCCUCACUGUGUGAAGCCACUCCGAGAACAGCACCCUCUGGUGACGGGCUGCAGUAUAGGUCAUAAAUCCCGCCUUCUCCAGUAAAGCUUAUAGAGCUGUGGACAAAGUUUAGAACUUAAUUACACAGAACGUAGAUUUUUUUCCUCUGCUGCUUGUGAUGUUGACAUGUAGUUACAGUAAGAUUGUUUUGUGCUCAAGUCCUCUUUUUACUGUACAGCUCUGUUUUUAAAAGCUAUUAGGGGGUUCAUGUUUUCUAUGAUUGACACUUGAUACAGCCUAUAGGCGUACAAAGAUUGCGUAGCUCACCAGGGGGAUACGCUAUUUGAGCUGAGCGUCAUCACAGCGACUCUCCCUCUGAAUGCAUACAAUGUUGGUUUCAGGAAAUGGAGAAAAAAUGCAGAAUUACUGAGAGCUUUUUGGAUUUAAAUCCGUAUACUGGCAGGAAAGAAGGUGGAACUAAGUUGUCCAGAGUAUAUACAGUCUAUGCUCCCAUCACAUUCAGGUCCUAAGUCACUUACCAGACUCUCCUCUGUUGUCCCUCAGUGAUGGAAUGAAUUACAAACUCUAUUUGAUCCACUGAGUCCCUUUCUACCUUUUAGUAAAACCCAAGUCCCAACCCAUUUGAGGACAUUUAUGUGCGUAAGCACGACUCUUCUCCUCUGUUGUCCCCAGAGGUGGGAUGAGUUACCAAUCUACUUUUGAUCUGCACAGCCUCUCCGUUGCUCUGAGACGGCUGUAGACCCAGGUCUCUGUGAACCACUAAGCAUUCUGUGGUUUGGUAGCAGAAGUGAUAAUGAGAGCAGCUGAUGGUGAUCAUAAUGAGGUUUCAUAACGACUUGUUGUUUUUGAAGCUUGCCGAUGAUGAUAUAAAAACAGCAAUAAAAAUUAUUCCUCUAUUGUCAAAAUGUGUUGUAAUUUAACUGUGAUGUGUGACAUUGUUAUGCUCUUAUUUUGUGUCACUACAUCUGAUGUGGUCCUAAACUCAUCGAAGUUUUUAAACCCUCACUUUGACUUUUUAUUAAACGUUACCGCUCCAUAACUAAACUGACAGCUAAUCUUUAUUUUCUGCACACAUUACACCUGACCCAUGUUGCAGAUCAGAUUCCUCCUCCGUCUUUUUAUAGCUGUGGUUUGAUACUUUCGCUCCAUUGAGGUAGAAAAGACCACAUGAGCUGAUCCACUCUCUCUGUUUUGUCCCCUGCAGGACAGCGACAUACUCACCCUGGGGGUAUCGUCACACCGCUCCUGGUGGAGGGACAACGGGCCGGGCUGUGAGAGAGAGGGGCUUCCCUCUCCUGGCUGGCAGAACCAGCAGAACCCUGAGCUGAGUACUGUGCUGAGCUGCUGGCUGGAGUACCAGUACAUCGAAAUCCUGCACUGCAUCGUCCAGCUCCUUGUCUCUGUGAGUCUGCAGUGACGGCCUUCACACUUUACCACAAACACUCUGAAUCUCAUUAGUUAUUAGUCAUGAGUGGUUCAUUCAUUGUUGCAAAAGUACUUACACCACGCUGUAAUAAAUAUACAAGGGAACCAUUACAGGUUCUGCAUUGAAAGUGAGACUGAAAGUUAAUUAUGUAAAUGUAAUGAGAGAUGUGCUGAAAGAAAGGAAGUCCAACUGCUAAAUAGAAGAAAAAAUAAAUGAAUUUAAAUAAUUCAGAUUAAAGGAAGCAAAUUUAUUUAAAAUGUAGAUUCGGUUUGUGUUAGUCUACUGGUUAUAAGUUUCCUUUGUAUUCAGUCUUACACAUAAAACUUUAAAUCGACCACAUUUUAAACCUCUUUACAUUUAUUAUUAAUGUGCACAUUCGAAACCGUUAGGAAAUCAAGCUGUCAGAUAAAUCUGUUGGAGUAGCAGUAAAAUAUUCUGUCACCAUUUAACAAAGUAGAAGAAGAGAGCAGUGCAAAGAGAAAAGUUUAGAGUCCAGGUACCCUGUGAUGUGUAUUUUGGUAUAAGUCAUGAGUGGAUCAACAGUUAAAUGCAAAUACUGCAGACAUGACUGUUCAUAUUCACUCAUAUCAAACAUGUUUGAAUAUCAACAGAAUCAGGCUAUUAUACUUUAACUCUAAUUGAAAACUGUAAUAACUUCUUAAUAUUGUUUUAAUGAUGCAUCUGCCCACUAGAGAAAGGACUGUUGCUUAGCAACAAGGACAGGCCUGGACCAUUUAAAAAUGGCACAGCCUUAUUAAACCACCAAAUCUGUUGGUGGUAAGUAUGCUGCAGUGACUUCAGGUUUCACCCAGAUGUUCACAUGAACUAUUUCUGUUCUGUUAGUGCAGCUGGAGUAACCUCUGUUCAGUUUAGUACAACUUUACAACAGGUGGAUACCAAAUCUCAUAAAGAUAUUUCCUCAAUCCUCAAACAGAAAUAGUUAUGGGCUCGUUAUGCUAAGGUGUAUUCUGAAGCUCUUACUGCUGCAGGGGGGAGAGGAUCAAGGAGAGAGGAGGGGAAUCUGAGGAGCAAUAAACCAGGAUACACAAGAGCAGCACUUGUUUUAUUAACAGACAGGAAGAUUGGAGAGGCUCACUGCUGCAGUGCAUCAGACCUCUCUGAAACCUCUCAACCUCACCGGAGUUUAAUAUCAGAGAAAGGUCAGACCUAAAACACGCCCACAACAGAUUGAAUGUGCAUUUCUAAACAGUUGGCAUGUGAUAAACCGGAACUAUAAAAGUGUUUCUAUUCGUGUUGAAAAUGAAAUAUCAAGCACAACUCUCAUACUAACAAAAGUCAUUAGUCAUGCAGUUUUAAAUCAUUACAAUCUUUGUUUGUGUCAGUUCACAAAACACACGUUACAUUUACUGGUGUCACUUUAGCCAAGUUUCACUUCAGUGUCAUAAAAGUCAAUAAAUGCUGGAUUAAAGAUAACAGAGUUCACAAUCAGUUAAAGAAGGAUUUCAGUGCAAAAAUAAGUAAUUUAAUAAUAAAAUAUUCCACUGGUUAAACAAACAGACUGCAGUUCGUGUUCAGGUGUUUAUUUACAUGGAUGCAACUCAGUGAGGAGUGCAUGAGGAGUUUGGUGCAGCAUCUCUCAGCCAACAUCAGCUCAUCAGUACAGUCCAUUUUUGUGGAGCAGAACUUCAUCUCACAGAAUUUACGACAAUUUCUGCCAGUUUUCACAUGAUCAACCUGAUGUAAUCUGCUUUGGAUCAUUUCACUGUCUUUGUGAGGCGGUGGAUGGUUAAUUUUCUUCAUAACAAGUUUUAGAAAAGCAGUAAUACUCUGACAAAUAAUGUGCUUUUAAAUCAGAGGGACACCGUAUAGAAUAUUUUUGUUAAACUUUGAAUUUGACAUUUUUUUUGUGCUUUUUGCCUGUAGCUCCUGGGUUUCAUUUACGCCUGUUACAUCGUCAGCACUUUUCCAGAUGAAGAAGACAGCUGUAAGUUUGGUCCAAAUCAAUGAAAGAGGCAUUUGUGUAGUUUUGUUGUGCUUUAUGUGUUUGUCCUUUUCUUGCUCUUUGUAGUUAAUUUCAUUGGUGAAUUUCAUCAUCCAUCCAAACCGUCUCAGAUUUUCUUCUGAUGUGAAAACUGCAGGUAAGUUCAUCAGAGUGAUUGCAAAUCUAUCUUUUUAGCAUCUGUGAAUCUGAUUUGUUCAACAUCUCAUCAUUUUAUCUUUUAGGUUAUAAAUAUACACAAAAGUGAAGCUGUUGAGGAUGAGUCAAGAAGGAGCCAUACUGAAGACUGAAGCUGUGUUAUUGCUGCUGUCGGUAAAACAGCAGUCAGCGAUGCUGAACUCCAUUGUGCACACUCUGUAUGCACUGCAUGAGUGCAGAGGGAAAUUUCCCAGAAUAUCUGUGCUGUGUAAAAAGUGUAAGCUGUAAUGUGUUUAUCUUCAGGCCUUACAUUCUGUAAAUCUACCUCUGUGUGUGUGUGUGAGAGAGAGAGAGAGACUGUGAGUUUGUACACACGUGUGUGUAUGUGCGAUAGACACCACUAGAUAAUGUGCACUAAUGUAACGUAAUAACAAGAAAAUGUGACCAGAGAUACGAUAAGAAGUAGAACAGUUUUUGUUUCUUUUAAUGUAUAAAUGAUUGACAAAAGUCAUUUCAGCUGGAAAAAGUAACCAACCAAACAAGUGUGGUAUAUUACACACUACAGUCUGUGAUGUAGAGCUACUCACAGCUCUUUAAAGGUCUUGUGUGAAACUUUCAGCUUUUUCAGUUUAGUGUCCCUCUUAUACAUGUGGAAGUAGACUUCACUGAAAAAAACUUACCUUCUUCUUUAUCAACAACUUGAUGCACCAAAAAUGUAAACCUGUCAGUUUGCUUGAAAAACCUGGGUCUAUCAUGUUUAAAUUAAAUCAUUCAGUCUGUGACAUGACCAGCCAAGAACUUCUCCCCGGGGCUUUAAUAUCUAGCUCCAUGACCGCCUUUUUGCUUAAUUGUUUUAUUAAUAUUUCUUAUUGUAUUGUUUUUAUUAAUAGUGUAUUUCCUGUAAGCAGAGGCGCCAAGAGUUACACUGUUUUAAAGCCUAAAUGUUUUUUUCACAGUUGACGAGAGUAAAAGUGAAUAAAGUCAUGUACCGACCUGC